AUGGGCAAAUAUACCAAGACUGCGAUUUUGUCAGUUUAUGAUAAGACAGGCUUAUUGGACUUAGCCAAGGGAUUGGUAGAGAACAAUGUUCGUAUCUUAGCAUCAGGUGGUACUGCCAACAUGGUCAGAGAGGCCGGUUUUCCAGUGGAUGAUGUUUCCUCAAUCACACAUGCUCCAGAAAUGCUAGGGGGUAGAGUGAAGACUCUUCACCCUGCUGUUCAUGCAGGUAUUCUUGCCAGGAAUUUAGAGGGCGACGAAAAGGAUUUGAAGGAACAGCACAUUGAUAAGGUGGAUUUUGUCGUAUGUAAUCUAUAUCCAUUCAAAGAAACUGUGGCUAAAAUUGGUGUUACAGUUCAAGAAGCCGUGGAGGAAAUUGAUAUUGGUGGUGUGACUUUAUUAAGAGCUGCUGCAAAGAACCAUUCCAGAGUGACUAUUCUUUCAGACCCUAACGAUUAUUCUAUCUUUUUACAAGACUUGUCCAAGGACGGUGAAAUCUCUCAAGAUUUAAGAAAUAGAUUUGCAUUAAAGGCGUUUGAACAUACGGCCGAUUAUGAUGCAGCCAUUUCUGAUUUUUUUAGGAAACAAUACUCCGAAGGGAAAGCCCAAUUACCGCUAAGAUAUGGGUGUAAUCCUCACCAAAGGCCUGCUCAAGCUUAUAUUGCUCAACAGGAGGAGUUACCCUUUAAAGUACUCUGCGGUACACCAGGAUACAUAAAUCUUUUGGAUGCCUUGAACUCAUGGCCUUUAGUGAAAGAGUUAUCUGCAUCAUUAAACCUGCCUGCGGCAGCAUCGUUCAAGCACGUUUCACCAGCAGGUGCUGCGGUGGGGCUUCCAUUAUCUGACGUGGAAAAGCAGGUUUAUUUUGUGAAAGAUAUGGAGGAUCUUUCGCCAUUGGCAUGUGCGUACGCUAGGGCCCGUGGUGCGGACAGGAUGUCAUCGUUUGGUGACUUUAUUGCUUUGUCCAACAUUGUGGAUGUCGCUACUGCAAAAAUUAUCUCCAAAGAGGUCUCUGAUGGUGUUAUUGCUCCCGGGUAUGAACCAGAGGCAUUGAAUAUACUAUCUAAGAAGAAAAACGGGAAAUACUGUAUUCUACAAAUCGAUCCAAACUACGUUCCUGGUCAAAUGGAAUCCCGGGAAGUUUUUGGCGUCACACUGCAACAAAAGAGAAACGAUGCGAUUAUAAACCAAUCUACUUUCAAAGAAAUUGUGUCUAAAAAUAAAGCACUCACCGAGCAGGCUGUUAUCGACCUAACCGUUGCCACACUGGUUUUAAAGUAUACACAAUCGAAUUCUGUUUGCUACGCAAAGAACGGUAUGGUCGUGGGACUUGGAGCCGGCCAACAAUCGCGUAUACACUGUACCAGAUUAGCUGGUGACAAGACGGACAACUGGUGGUUGAGACAACAUCCCAAGGUUUUGAACAUGAAAUGGGCUAAGGGAAUUAAAAGAGCAGACAAAUCGAACGCGAUUGAUCUUUUCGUUACAGGACAAAGAAUAGAAGGGCCGGAAAAGGUGGAUUAUGAAAGCAAAUUUGAAGAAGUUCCUGAACCAUUUACUGAAAAUGAGAAACUAGAAUGGUUAAGCAAACUAAACAAUGUUUCGUUAUCAUCUGAUGCUUUUUUCCCCUUCCCAGACAAUGUUUAUAGAGCUGUGCAGUCCGGUGUAAAGUUCAUCGCGGCUCCCUCAGGGUCUGUCAUGGACAAAGUUGUCUUCCAAGCGGCGGAUUCAUUUGAUAUCGUCUACGUGGAAAACCCCAUCCGUUUAUUCCACCACUAG